AUGGCCGAAGAAGUGAAAGUAGCAAGUCUGUCGGAGCGUCAUAAACAGAAAAAAUCGGAAUCGAGUGUAAAUUGUGAUAGUAAGGUAAUAGUACAUCGUCGUUCUCGUCGGCAUGGUAACGCAAUAACGAAGAGUAAGAAGAGCCGAUCACAAAAGAAGCGAAGAGGUGGGAGAAAGAGAUCACAAAAGAAGUUGUCUGCAGUCUCAGGAAGAUCAGGAAAAACACCAGUAUCAGGAAAAAAAGUUUCUCACGUGAAAAAUCAUUCCGACAAAAACAAAGAAAAAAGUCUUUGGACUAAGAAGAUGUCGAAAAUGUUGGCCGAUUCUGUUGUGAAGGCCACCGCUGUUAAAAACGUGAAAAGGGGAGAUGAGGAACAAGAUGAACAUAAAUUACAGUCUACACCACCAAGUGACAGCAGAUCAACGAGAAAGAAUAAAAUAAAUCAGAAAGUCGAGAAUGUUCAGAAGAUUGGUUGGUCUUUGACAGCGUAUUGGACAGCAUCACCUUUCCGAAAGAUCUGGAUAACUUCCGCCAUACAACUGUACAAGUUAUGUAGCUCGCGUAUAGUCAAAUGUCUGAUUGCAGUAAAAGGAGGUCCACCACAAGAGGGAGAAUACACGAAAUUCGAAACAACAGCUGCAAAACAACGUCCUGCUGUGGUGAUCGAACCAGCAAACAAAAUCACAUGCGAAAUAGAACAGAUCAAUUUGUCAUAUCCACAGGAGGAACAGAACGCCGAUGAGUCGAUGAAAAGGAAAACGAAUGUGAAAGCUGAAAAAUUAGAAAGCCCUGAAAAUGCUGCCAUACCGGAUCAAAAUCACAACGAUGAACAAAAUCACAACGAUGAGCAAAAUCACAACGAUGAACAAUAA